AUGAUCGCCAAGUAUUCCGAUGCAGAGUACCAGCCCGGGUUAGCGGGGAAGGUCACCAACGUGCUGAUCGAGCUUGGCUGGGGCAUCCAGGACCUCCUCGCCCUCUUGGAGCCCAAGUCCGAGCAGCUGUUGAUGAUAGUGGUCGACAUUGUCAUGGUGGCGGUGUACAGAGAGGAGGACGAUGACGUGGAGGAGCAGCCAGUCGAGAUCGUCGCGGAGCAGGUAGAAUUGCCCAACAGCCUCGCCGAGGUCCCCUACGGCUACGACCGAGGCCACGGCGGCAGCGACGUCGACAAGGUCGGGCUCGCCCUGGCCUCGGGAAGUGCCGCCGGCGCCGGGGGGCAGGCCUACGACGCGGGCCUCUACAUCAGCAGCAUCGCCGAGGCCCCUGGCGGCCGAGAUGACCGUGGCCACGGCGGCAGCGACGUCGACAAGGCGGAUCCGGGGCAGGCCUACGACGCGGGCCCCUGCGGCAGCAGCAUCGCCGAGGCCCUUGGCGGCCGAGAUGACCGCGGCCACGGCGGCAGCGACAUCGACAAGGCCAGGCCCGCCAUGGCCUCGGGGAGUGCCGCCGGCGCUGGGGCAGGCGUGCAACAGCGCCGCCGCCCCCGCCAGAUCAGGCGCCCGGUGAGCGGAGGAGGUCGGGUGGGCGAUGUUCCGACCCUGGGAUCGUCGACAUCGUCGACAUGGCAGGCGUGCGGUCACGCCGCCGCCGCCGGUAGGGCGUGCCCGGGACAGGCCUACGACGCGGGCCGCUACGACAGCAGCAUCGCCGAGGCCCCUGGCGGCCGAGAUGACCACGGCCACAGCGGCAGCGACGUCUACAAGGUCAGGCCCGCCAUGGCCUCGGGGAGUGCCGCCGGCGCUGGGGCAGGCGUGCAACAGCGCCGCCGCCCCCGCCAGGAUAGGCGCCCGGUGAGCGGAGGAGGUCGGGUGGGCGAAGUCCCGACCCUGGGAUCGUCGACAUCGGCGGCAAGGCAGGCGCGCGGUGACGCCGCCGCCGCCAGUAAGGCGGAUCCGGGGCAGGCCUACGACGCGGGCCUCUACGGCAGCAGCAUCGCCGAGGCCCCUGGCGGCCGAGAUGACCGCGGCCACGGCGGCAGCGACAUCGACAAGGUCAGGCCCGCCAUGGCCUCGGGGAGUGCCGCCGGCGCUGGGGCAGGCGUGCAACAGCGCCGCCGCCCCCGCCAGAUCAGGCACCCGGUGAGCGGAGGAGGUCGGGUGGGCGAAGUUCCGACCCUGGGAUCGUCGACAUCGUCGGUAUGGCAGGCGUGCGGCCACGCCGCCGCCGCCAGUAGGGCGUACCCGGGACAGGCCUACGACGCGGGCCGCUACGACAGCAGCAUCGCCGAGGCCCCUGGCGGCCGAGAUGACCGCGGCCGCAGCGGCAGCGACGUCUACAAGGUCUUCGAAGGCUCCCCCGACGGCCAUGCAGACAACAGCCUUGACGGGAGACUCGUCGUCGGCACCGACGGCUGCAGCCGCAGCAGCAUCGAGAAGGUACCCGACUGCUGCGCCUACGGCUGCUCUGGCAUCCGCAGCGACGAGGUUGCCGACAGCUCCGCCGACUGCGCUGACAUCAGCGCCGACAAGGUCUCCACCUGCCGCGCCGACGGCCGCUCCGACAGCACCGUUACCGAGGUCACCGACGGCUGCGCCUACGGUUACCCCGAAGGCCGUGGCGACAGGGUCUCCACCCACCGGGUCGACCGUCGUGCCGACGACGGCAUCGUCAGGGUCUUCGACGGCCAGGCCUCCGUGCGCCGCGCGGGCAGCCGCGACGACAGCGGCCUCGCUGAGGCCCCCGGCGGCUACGACGACGGCCACGUUGGCGGCAAUGUCGGCGGGGUCUCCCAAUGCUGUGCCGACAGCCGCGGCGACAUCAGCAUCGAUGGGUGGCCCGACGGCUACGUCCGUGGCCGCGCGGACGGCAUCGCCGACAAGGUAUCAGGCCGCUGUGCCGACGGCAGCCCCGACACCCUCCCCGACGAGGCCUGUUGCGGCCCUAGCAGCGGCCUUGCCAGCAAUAGCACCGAUGGGGUCUGCACCCGCGACGCCGGCGGCCGCGCCGACAGCAGCGUCACCGAGGGCACCGACGAUUGCGCCGGCAGCGAUCCUGACAGCCGCGGCGACAAGGUCUCGGCCUGCUGGGUCGACGGCCGCGCCGAUCGCGGCGUCGUCAAGGUCUGCAACGACCCUGCCGUUGGCCAUGCCGACCGCAACGUCGGCCGGGCCUCCAUGCGCCGCGCGGGCGGUCGCGACGACAAUGUCCUUGUCGAGGCCUCCGACGGCCACGACGACAGCCGCGCCGGCGGCAGCAUCGGCGGAACCCCCGAUAGCUGCGCCGACAGCCGCGCCGACGUCGGCAUCGAUGAGGGGUUUGACGGCUACGGCGAUGGCCAUGCCGAUUGCGUCGCCGACGGGGUGCCCGCCUGCUGCGCCGACGGCGGCUCCGACGUCAGCCCCCGUCCGGCGACGCGGCACUACGGCAGCCAGCAGCAUCGGCCUCACGGCGGCGACGACGUCUACGGCGGCGCGGAGGGCGCCGGCCACGAAGACCCCGACGAGCACAAGUACCGCGACGGCGACGUGUGCGACGGCGAGCUCCACGACGACGAGUGUGACGGCCUGGAGGGCGCCGACCACGGGGACCACAGCAAACACGAGUACAGGCACUACGGCGAGUGCGACAGCGAGCAGAGGCCCCCGCUGCGCGGCAUGACGCCGAGCCGGGCAGGGGCGAGGUUGGCGCCCAGCCUGUGGUUCCGCAAGGCGGAGCCCGCUGCAGGCCAGGACCAGAGGAGGGCAGCGCCGAACGGCGCCGCCAUAGUGGCGAAGGUGGAGAAAGGGGUGGGGGUGGAACGGGCCGGGCAGGACACUGCCCUGGAGCAAGACCCCCUUCCAAAUUUCGGGGGGGCCGAGCCCGCGCAGAGGCAGCAGGAUCGGGAGCGGUACCAAGAGGGCGAGAAGCUGCGGCAUCAGUCGGGGCCCCAGCGGAGCUGGUGGCAGGAGGCGCUCGUGCUGGGCGGGGCGCUGGGCGGGCCGCGCGAGGCACUGGUAGAAGCUGCCAGAGCCCCCAGCGCGAGCCUCCUGGACGGCGUCCACGACGGGCUCGAGGCGCCCGCGGAGGCCACGAGAGCCUUCGCAGACGACGGCCCGCACAGUUCCCCCGCCAAGGCCGCGAGGGAGGCCCCGGAGAAGACCGAGAUG